UCACCUGACGAAGUGGCUCGUGGAAAUGGCAGGUGUUCAUUUGGAGCUCUGGUUUUAACCAAACUCAUGUUGAUUAUUGAUCUUUGUCUCCCUCAAAGCUAAACACACAAUCACGUUUCCAUCUUCAGUUUGGUUUCACUUUCCUUUUCCCUGGAAAAAAGACAACACCCAGUCUGUACACGAGCUGCUACAUGUACAGCAAAUUAUGGACAAAACAAAAGAAAAAUCCAAAAUAAAGCCCAGCCUCUUUAAUUUUGGAGCAAUUUCCGAACCACCUGAACCACCUUCUUGUGAACCACCUUCUUUCCUACACGACACCAGACCUAAAACUGUUUCCAGCAUCUUUGGAGAUAUUAAACCAGAAGAAAAGAAGGAAAACAAUGCUUUUAAACUUCCAGAUUUUUCUGCAGCUCAAGCAAAGUUUGAUGUUCCGUGGAGGAACAUGGAGUGGACAGAGGAGCAUAAGAAAAGCUUGAUGAAGACUGUGAGCUCCUACAGACCCAGCUGUGAGAAGAUUACCCAGGCUCAGGUUCUCGUUUUGGGUCCAGUAGGUUCUGGAAAGUCCAGCUUCAUCAGCUCGGUCCAGUCUGUGUUUCAUGGAAGAGUUGUGAACCGUGCCAUGGUGGGCUCCAUGUCAACCAGCUUCACCAAGAAGCUACAGACCUUCAACAUCCAGGUUCAGAAGGGAGAAGACAGUGGGCUGGUGAUGUGUGACAUCAAAGGCAUCGGAGAUGGAGAGAUGACCGGGCUGACCCUUCAUGAUAUUGUGUCAGUGAUCAAAGGUCACGUUCCUAAUGGACACAAGUUUAGCUUGGAGCAGCCAGUGUCAUCAGAAACUGUUGGCUAUGUGAAGACACCGACCCUCGCAGAAAAGAUUCACUGUGUGGCUUUUGUGGUGGAUGCUUCCAAAAUUACAACGUACCCCAAAAGCAUCGGCGCCACCUUCAGGAGGCUCAGGGAACAAAUCAGUGAUCUGGGAGUUCAUCAGGUGGCUCUGCUGACCCAUAUUGACCGGAUCUGUGCUGCAACAGCUGCAGAUGUCUCCCAAGUUUACAAGAGUCCAAAUGUUCAAGACGUGAUGAACAAAGCUGGAGCUCUGCUGGGCAUGUCCACCUCCUACAUUAUUCCAGUGAAGAACUAUUCAUCAGAGCUGGACCUGGAUUUGAAGAAAGACGUACUUCUGCUCAGUGCUGUUGACCACAUCUUGCAGUAUACAGAACUAUUUUAUCAGGAUUAUAAACCAAACAAGAAGCAAGUUGUCUGUUAAAUCCCUUAAGAAAGACGUAUAAAGCGAUAUAGGUCGUUAUACUGCAGCUUGAUUUCAGUCUAACUUGUUACCGAGCUUCAUUUCUUUUUCUUUUCAGGCUUCUGAGUUAAGUCAUGAGAAAUGUUUUUAUGAAUAAUUUCUAACGUUAAAUCUUCUUUACAUUGUAAUUUACUGAGAUGUAAUUUAUUACAUUUCAAUGUAACGAUAAUUCCUGUUUUUCUUUUUGUUUGAUCAGUCAAAUCAAUGUAGCAAACAUUUUUUUUACUCUGCAACAAAAGACAACUUUGCUUACUUUUUUUAAUACCAUUCAGAAAACUAUUAUAAUAAAUCUCCUUUCCAAAAAUA